CCGACUCCCCUGGCUGAGUGGACAGGACCAGGUAAGUCCGCCCCCUGUGGGUGGGGCGUAUGUAAAUGAAGAUUUCCAAAUCUGCUUCGCAAUUGGCUGGCGUCGGCAACCAAUCGGAGAGCGCUGUUUGGCCUCCUGUCUCACAGGAUAAUAGGUGGCUCUUCUGCCCCAGAAACUCAGUUCCUUUCUCGCCGGUCUUGAGAAAGUUGCUUCUUCUCGAAUCUCUCAUCAUGUCUGGCCGUGGAAAGCAGGGAGGCAAAGCCCGGGCUAAGGCCAAGUCCCGUUCUUCUCGUGCUGGCCUGCAGUUUCCAGUGGGCCGAGUGCACCGCCUGCUCCGCAAGGGCAACUACUCGGAGCGCGUGGGCGCCGGUGCGCCAGUUUACCUGGCUGCUGUCCUGGAGUACCUGACCGCUGAGAUCCUGGAGCUGGCGGGCAACGCAGCCCGCGACAACAAGAAGACCCGCAUCAUCCCUCGCCAUCUGCAGCUGGCCAUCCGCAACGACGAGGAGCUCAACAAGCUGUUGGGCAAGGUGACCAUUGCUCAGGGCGGCGUCCUGCCCAACAUCCAGGCCGUGCUGCUGCCCAAGAAGACGGAGAGUCACCACAAGCCUAAGGGCAAGUAAGCCCGGUGGCACUGCUGACGGACCCAGUCCAGUCUUCUGCAGGCGACCGGCUUGUCCACCACGCAGAAACCAAAAAGGCUCUUUUCAGAGCCACCCACACUUUCGAGCAAAAGAGCUGGUAGCAUGCAUGCCGUUCAGGGGUUCUGCUGCGGGAAAUUGGGGCUGGUUUCUGAUGCCAUGUUGACCUUUGGGCACAAGAUUCUUCCUAAUUCCAACAUUGUCUUUUAAGUCCUUUGUUGUGCUUUGAAGGAAAAAAAAAAACAAGCCGGAAUCAUUCAAAGCGGAGGCCUCCUGCCGUGCAGAUCCCACCUAACCUCAGGCAGGAAUUGGCAGGAGCUUAGUCGGGAAAGGGGUGCUCAAACAAGUCCUAAAAGAAUAUGGUGUUUUCUGGCAGGUAUACACAGCCACGCCAAUCCAAAGGCCUUUGGCCUCCUCGAUGCUUGCCUGUGAGUUCUCUUUCCUGUCGGGCUGACCCCUCCUGCUACCUUAUCUGCUUUCAGACAUCUAAAGUGUCUCCAAAGGCUGGUCCUGGGUCCUCGCCCCCUACACUAGGCUACACUCGAUCUGCCUCAACCUGGGAACUCCCAAAUCUACAGCCCAGGCUUUAUGAACUCCCCUGGACUUCUUAAGCUAAAAGCCGUUCACCAAACACCACGUUCCUACUUUGUUUUUUAGCACUCUCCAACUAAAUUUCCUUCCUUGGCUCCCGUUCCCACUCCAGGAGACCCCUCUGCCUUGCCCGGGUCCGCCUCUCCCAACCACCCCUAGUCCAAGCAGUCUGGCCAGAUAUCCUCGAUCUGCUUUUGGUUGUCCGUCGUUUUAAGGUGCUUCUGUGGAGGCAGACAGGAUUCUCUAGCUAUUAGAGCUCCGUGUGCAUUUGUGCUAACUGUAUCCCCUGGGUUCCUCUCCUCCCCGACCACCGGACUCGGUAUUAGCCUACACUGCAGGAAACGCUUCUCGGGGUGGAAAGUGAGGGGAAGGUCUGUCCAAUGUACAUUCGGUUGACCCGAAAAAAGUAGGCGUGUUGACUUGAACUAGAGGUACCUGUCAUUUUGCCGGGGUGUAGGCAUAAUCCAGUCCACUCGUGAAGUCAGCAGGUCCUCUGUACCGAAGCAGAAGACCUGAAGAUGAGACUCCCAGAAUUUAGCUAGACCUAGGUGAAAGACAAUCGCAGACACAGCAUCAGACUCGGU